AUGGAAGUUUGUGUUUUCACGGAUGCAAGCGAUAUGUUUUGGGGUGCGGUCGCCACUCAAGGUCCUGUGGAAGACCUGUCCUUGCCCCUCGAAGACCAACGGCAUCAACCGCUCGCGUUUAUCAGUGCUAGAUGGCCGAUUGUUGAGAAAGAGGCCAACGCCGUCGUGGAGUCGUGCAAGCGCCUUGACUACCUGAUCGUCCGUCCAGGUGGUUUCCGUUUGUUCACGGAUCACCGAAAUCUGGUGUACAUGUUCAAUCCGUCGGGUUCGAACGGCCAUCUCGCAAAGUACCAAUCCGACGAGCCUCAGCGUUGGGCGCUGAUCAUGUCCACUUUCCCAUUGCUGAGUCGAUGUGGUUCUAUUCCACCAGCUCCGCCGGUGCCGCAUGUCCAUAAACUCGUGCACGUGGUGUCUCCGUUGCAACGAGAGGAUUUCGAAUGGCCUACGGCAGCCUCGAUUUUGGCUGCCCAGACAUCUGCCAUUGAAGGGGGGGAGAGUACACCGACCGGCGUUGUGUGGAACGAAGGAGAAUCAUUUCACAUGGACGAAAAGGGUCGAAUUUGGAUCCCAGACAGUGCAGUGGACCUGCAACAGCGGUUGUGCGUCAUUGCCCAUCAAGGCCCUGCUAAGUUCCUGGCUCAAGAUGUUGACACGUUUGUCCGGGCCUGUCUACAGUGCCUGCAAGUCGACGUCGAAGCACUCAAACCGAUCACGUUCAAGGAUGGCGAGAGUAUCGUGAAGCAAGGUGACCGCGGCGAACGCUUCUUCAUGAUCGCCAAGGGCGAAGCUGCCGUGACAAAGUUCAUCGAUGGCAAGGAGCGCAUGAUCACGCAUCUGUACGCGGGACAUUACUUCGGGGAACUCGUCCUCAUCUACGACGACCCGCGAACCACUACGGAUGACAUGAGCGGAUUUGUCCACCUGCAUGCCUCCGACACUGCCGAUGCGAGUGCGACGGCAGCAGCGUUAAUGUCCUGGUUCACGUUUAUGGGUGCGCACCACCACAUUACGAUGGCUUACAGCUCCUGGACCAAUGGCACAAUUGAAGUCGUCAACCACCUCGUGUUGCGUGCGGGCAAGGCGUUGUUGAACGAAUCUGCGUGUCGACGAUUGGCCGCUGUUACGGCGUUCACGAGACUCCCUGCGAAGACGCCGAUGUCUGGAUUCGUACAUCCGAAGACUAAGGAUGUCUUUGUUGUCGACUGGCUUGGCGAAGACCGGCGUCAGCAUAUGGCUGAGUUGAAAACGUCAUAG